AUGGCAGAAAACAUACCAACACAGAUCGCCGAGACGAUCCAGACGGCACAUAUCCAACGAGACCCGUCUCCGCGGCACGACUUAAACCCGUCGUCGUCGCUAUCUGAAAAACAGCCCGUGCAUCUGCAAGAAAGACACUCGAUCGACUCGGACCUAGACGACUACGAAGAAGCCGACGACGACGAAAGCGAGAUCCCGAUCAGCGUGUUAAAGCCGCACCCCAGAUCUAGGAAUCUCCCGCCCAUGCCGGAUUUGCGCUUCGAGCAGAGCUAUCUGCAUAGCAUCGCGAAGGCGGAUACGUGGUGGAAGGUGGCGUGGAUUACGGUGCGGGAUCAGAUGAUGAUGCCCUUCGCCCAAGGCGUCCUAUACAACCUAGCGCUGCACGGCUGGCACCACUGGAACAAGAACGCCCGGAUCAGCGGCACCUCGGUGGGCGCGCGCCUGCGCCGCUGGUGGUACGGCGUCAAUAACUGGCCGCUGCCCUCGCAGAAGAUGGCGGGAGCUAGCGCCAAGGUCAAGGCAAGAGCUUGA